AUGCUAGAGGAAAAAAAGACCAAGCCUUUAAACAUUACAGUGGAGAAGGACCGUUUGAAGAAUCAGUUAGAAAUAGCAAAAAGUAACCAUAAUGAGAAAGAGGUGGAUAGGAUCUACACAAGGUUGCAGGACCUAGAAGCAUCUCAGCAAGCUCGAGACAACAAUACCAAGGCCAAAAGGUUGGCCGAGAUGAACAAGAAGAAUAAGGUCGAGAAUUUCAAAAAUUUGUCCAAACUUAAACGAGUGGUUGGAAAUCUGAAAGCAGGGGAGGAUGGGCAUGAUCCCUUUUCCAGGAGAUGGACAAGGUCAAGGAAUUGCUACGCUGCAAAUCAUGGGGAGAGUAAUAAAGCUAAAGAAAGUGGAGAACAAAAGGAUGAAACCACUAGGGGUGAUAGCAACAAGGAAAUGAGAGAAGAAAAGGAAGCAGGCAUGACAAUGAAGGUUGGUGCUGAAGCCACAAAGACAGCAUUGCAAGCAGCCGCUGAUGCAGGGAAGCUAAUUGAUACAACUGCUCCGGUGGGUCAUGGAACAGAAACAAACAUGUUGCAUGAUUUUAAGAUACCCAUUUCAUUGGCUGAGCUUCAGAAAUUUGGAGGACCACAGGGAUUGAAGAAAGGAUUCUUGGCAAGGAAACAAAAUGUCGAAGCUACAGUUGGGUGCCAAGUCUGGGAGAACGACACGAGCAAACAUAUUUUAACAUUAACCAUCAGUGACUACAAGAGAAGAAGAGGACUCUUGUGA